AUGUUCUUUUCGCAGCUCUUUUUGUCGAAGAAGGGCGCGCUCGGCCCGAUAUGGAUAGCGGCGCAUCUGGAGCGCAAGCUGCGGAAGAAUCAAAUAUUCGAAACCGACAUACCUCAGACCGUCGACACCAUUCUUCACCCCGAGGUCCCCAUCGCGCUGCGACUGUCGGGACAUCUGCUGCUCGGCGUCGUGCGCAUAUACUCUCGGAAGGUGGGCUACCUGUACGCGGAUUGCUCCGAUGCGGUGCUGCGCAUGAAACAGGUGUUGGCGCGAGCAGCAGUGGACCUGCCCCCCGAGGCAGCAACAGCGUCGUUCCAUGCCAUCACCCUGCCGGAGCACUUCGAGCUCGAGGAGCUGCUUGCACUGCCUGAUGGGGUGUUCGAGCUGCAGCCCGGGGCGGUGGACAAGAGUCUCACCACACGCGAGCAAAUCACUCUGCCGGAGCCACCACCCGUUGAUGAUGGCUACGCCUUUGGCUCGCAGUACCGCCUCGAUGAGCAAUUCGCGGUGGUGGAGGAGGGUGCAGUGAUGCGGCUGGUGGAAGAGGGCGACGAGGACGGCGAGCCAUGGCUUCCCCGUGACGUGGUGCAAGACAGACGAGAGGGACGAGAGGCAGGGAAGGAGGGAGCGGAUGAGGGUGGGAGGGAGGCGGAGGAGGUGGCAGAGGAGAGGGCGAGAGGAGGAGCAGGGGAGGGUGUGGCGGAGGAGGGAGGGAUGGCGGAGGGCGGGCGAGUGGGGGAAGAAGGGGGUGUGUUUGAGGCUGAAGCGGUUUUGGAGGGAUAUGAGCCUGAGGCAGGGCUCAUGGAGCCCAUGGAUCUGGACAUGGGGUUUGGCGCGGGGAUGGAGAUGGGUGGCGAUGGGUUGGGGAUGGGUGUGGGGGACGUGGGGAUGGGUGGAGAGGGGCGAGGAGCGGUGGGGGAGGAGCCAGUGGAGGCGACACAGCCGGUGGAAUUAGAACAGGAGGGGAUUGAGAAGCGGGAGGCGGAAGCAGCAGGGGCGGCAGGAGAAAGAGGGGAAGCAGCAGCGGGACGGGAAGCCGGGGAAGCAGGGGAAGCAGGGACAGGAGAAGAAGCCGCGGUGGGGGCAGAGGAAGGAGCAGAGGGAGGGGCAGGGGCAGAGGCUGGGGCGGGAGGGGCAGCGGAAGAAGGCGAGGAGGUACCGGAAGUGGAGGUGAUGCGAGCAGAAGCCGUGCCUGCUGACCAUGCAGCUCGCAGCCUAGAAGCUUCUGAAGCUGCUGCCGCUGCAAGAGCGGGCGACGGGAAGGGGUCUGUUCCGGGCACACCACGGGCUCAUGUGGUGGAGGAAGGGGAGGGGAGACGGGUGGAUGGGGAGGGAGCGGACACGGGGCGCGUGGACGGGAUGGGUACCCCUGGCGGGUCUAUGGGGUUCGCCACGCCCUCUGUGGGCAUUCCAGCCAUCCCCACACCAGACUUUGCCCUCGCACCCACGCCCACACCCACACCUGCACCCGCACCUGCGCACGAGGAGGACCGGGCCGGGCCUGAACACCACGCUGCAGCUGCCGAGCCUGCUGAGGCUCCCGAGCCUGCGGACGAGGCGCGGACGGGGCUGCCUCCAAGGCCGCCGAGGCGAGGGCAGGCGAAGAGGAAGCGAGGAGCAGCAGCAGCGGGGGAUGGUGCCGGGACAGUGUUAGACUCGCUCACUGUUCUGCCCUCUGAAACCAUACGCCAGCAGCUCAUAUCGCCGGACGACCUUGUGAGGAAGCGUCGCAGGGCCCCGCACACCCCCGUCCAGCUGGCAGCGCUGCAUUGGUCCGUGGCGGGCGUGGAGGGGCUGCAUGAGCCGGCUGUAGCGCAGGCUGUUGCUGCGGCUGUAGCGGGGGAUGUAGCAGGGGGUGUAGCAGGGAUAACAGAUGGUGUGGUGCGUGAUGGGGUGGCCUUUGCGUUUGCAGCAGAUGGGUUUGCACGCGGUGUGGCGGGAGGGAGCGAAGCGGGAGUGUCAGCUACAGCUGAUGGUGCUGCUGGCGGUGCUGUUGCAGACGCGGAGGAAGGGCUGCAUGUGUCGGAAGAGAGCUUCUACUUCCUUAGAGAUGGAGGCGACAAAGAGGCGGACGAGUUUGACGCGUUGGGAUCAGGCAAGCGCAAGCCGGCAGCAGCAGCAGAGGGGCCCACAGAUGACUUCUCCAGCUGGAGCUGGCGCACCAGAGGAGCCGCCAAGUUUCUGCAGCACUCGCUGGCUGCUCUGGCAGAGCAGCAGGCACUGGCGGGCGAUACAAGGGGGGGAGCAGCAGGGGCAGGCGGAGGGGGGGCAGUGGGGACGGAGGAAUCAGGGGGGGUGGAUUCGGCGCGAUCGCAGCCGUCGGUGUCGCUGCUAGCAGUGGUGAAGGGACGGCCGAGACGCGAAGCUGCUCGGAUGUUCUUUGAGACCCUCGUGCUGAAGACGAGGGACUACAUUCAAGUGCAGCAGACAGAGCCCUACGGUGACAUCAGCAUCACAGCUCAGGAUCCCCUCAUGCAAGCCGCCUUUUGA